AUGGAACGUUUCUUGGGCUUUGUGAAGCAGAUAAGAAGAUCGCGAAGAAGAAAAGGCAAAAAGUACCGACCCGAGGAGGAUUACCAUGAGGGCUAUGAGGAUGUCUAUUAUUAUGCUUCAGAGCAUUUUCGAAAUGAGAGUCCCUAUACUAAAUCUGCAAACCAGACAAAACCACCUGAAGGAGCAUUGGCUGUGAGGAGACAGAGCAUCCCAGAGGAAUUCAAGGGCUCAACAAUAGUUGAAUUAAUGAAAAAAGAAGGCACCACCCUAGGGCUUACGGUAUCGGGUGGAAUUGACAAGGAUGGGAAACCAAGAGUAUCUAACCUACGUCAAGGAGGAAUCGCUGCUAGAAGUGACCAGCUGGACGUGGGAGACUACAUCAAAUCUGUGAAUGGAAUCAACCUGACAAAAUUUCGCCAUGACGAGAUCAUCAGCCUCCUCAAGAAUGUUGGCGAGAGGGUUGUUCUAGAAGUGGAGUAUGAGCUCCCUCCAGUCUCUGUACAAGGAUCGGGUGUCAUAUUUAGAACGGUGGAAGUUACUUUACAUAAAGAAGGGAACACUUUUGGGUUUGUAAUACGAGGUGGAGCACAUGAUGACAGAAAUAAAUCUCGUCCUGUUGUAAUAACAUGUGUUAGACCUGGAGGGCCUGCUGACAGAGAGGGCACAAUCAAACCUGGUGACAGGUUGCUGAGUGUUGAUGGAAUUCGACUCCUUGGAACGUCACAUGCUGAAGCCAUGAGUAUUCUGAAACAGUGUGGACAGGAAGCGACUCUGCUGAUAGAAUAUGACGUCUCAGUAAUGGAUUCGGUAGCAACAGCAUCUGGACCAUUGCUAGUCGAAGUUGCCAAAACUCCUGGUGCUGCUCUUGGGGUUGCACUUACUACCUCGAUGUGCUGCAACAAACAGGUCAUUGUCAUAGACAAAAUCAAAUCUGCAAGUAUUGCAGACAGAUGUGGUGCAUUACACGUAGGAGACCAUAUUCUGUCCAUCGAUGGUACCAGCAUGGAGUACUGUACAUUGGCAGAAGCAACACAGUUCUUGGCUAAUACAGCAGACAACGUCAAACUUGAGAUCCUUCCUCACCAUCAGACUCGGCUAGCAUUGAAGGGACCAGAACACGUGAAGGUUCAAAGGAGCAACAGGCAACUUACCUGGGAUUCCUGUGCCAACAACCACAGCAGCCUCCUCACCUACCACCAUUAUAACACCUACCACCCUGACCAUUGCAGGAUGCCAGCCUUGAAAUUCCAGAAAACGCCUCCUCAAAAAAACCCUCCAGCUUUGGUGUCUUCGUCCUUCUCUCCUACCUCCAUGAGUGCAUACAGCCUGAGUUCCCUGAACAUGGGGACCUUACCUCGCAGCCUCUACUCCACCAGCCCACGCGGAACAAUGAUGAGGCGGCGAAUGAAAAAGAAGGACUUCAAAAGCUCAUUGUCUUUAGCCUCUAGCACUGUUGGUCUGGCUGGGCAGGUUGUCCACACAGAAACCACAGAAGUAGUGCUGACAGCUGACCCCAUUGUAGGAUUUGGGAUACAGCUCCAAGGUAGCGUGUUUGCCACUGAGACCUUGUCUUCUCCACCUCUGAUUUCAUAUAUUGAGUGUGACAGCCCAGCAGAAAGGUGUGGGGUUCUACAAAUAGGAGACAGACUCAUGGCAAUAAAUGGAAUCCCAACAGAAGACAGCACGUUUGAAGAAGCUAAUCAGCUUCUCAGAGACUCUUCUAUCACCAACAAGGUCACUUUAGAAAUAGAGUUUGAUGUUGCAGAAUCAGUUAUACCAAGUAGUGGAACAUUUCAUGUAAAACUACCAAAGAAGCAUAACGUGGAGCUUGGCAUCACCAUAAGUUCUCCAUCCAGUAGAAAACCAGGGGACCCCCUUGUUAUUUCUGAUAUAAAGAAAGGAAGUGUCGCUCACAGAACUGGAACGCUAGAACUUGGUGAUAAACUGCUUGCCAUAGAUAACAUUCGACUGGACAACUGCUCCAUGGAAGAUGCUGUUCAGAUCCUUCAACACUGUGAGGACCUUGUAAAACUAAAGAUCCGCAAAGAUGAAGAUAACUCCGAUGAACAGGAGAGUUCUGGAGCAAUUAUUUACACUGUAGAGCUCAAGCGUUAUGGUGGUCCACUUGGGAUCACAAUUUCUGGUACUGAAGAGCCCUUUGAUCCAAUAAUCAUCUCAAGUCUUACUAAAGGCGGACUCGCUGAAAGGACAGGUGCAAUUCACAUAGGAGACCGCAUCCUAGCAAUAAAUAGCAGCAGUCUGAAAGGAAAACCUUUGAGUGAAGCCAUACAUUUGUUACAGAUGGCAGGAGAGACUGUCACCUUGAAAAUCAAGAAGCAGACAGAUGGUGAGUAUGCUGCAAGCCCCAAGAAAUUUUCCAUCUCUGGUCACUUAAGUGAGCUGAGUGAUGCUGAAGAUGAAACCUCUUCUACACAGAAACCAAGCAAACUCUCGGACAUUUAUUCUACUACAGUUCCAAGUGUGGACAGCGCAGUAGAAUCAUGGGAUGGUUCUGGUAUUGAUACCAGCUUUGGAAGCCAAGGUCCCACCUAUCAGGCUUCAGGAUACAACUUCAAUGCAUAUGAAUGGAGGAGUCCUAAGCAAAGAGACAAUUUGUCCCCUCCCAGUAGACCACGAAACCACCCAUUUCAUGACACAGGACUGAGUGAUGAUGAAUGGGACAGACCAACAGCAAGUGGCUUUUCAGGUGCCCACGACAACAGUGAAACUGACCAGGAGGAAAACUUCUGGUCUCAGGCACUGGAGGAUUUAGAGACCUGUGGCCAGUCAGGAAUUCUGAGGGAACUCGAGGACAAGGCUGACAGGCGUCUGUAUUUGAGAAACAUGACUCUCUUGGCAACAAUUAUGUCAGGAAGUACAAUGAGCUUGAAUCAUGAAACUCCACAGCCUCGCAGCCAACUGGGAAGACAAGCCAGUUUCCAGGAAAGAAGCAAUGUGAGGCCACAUUACAGCCAGGCUGCCCGCAGUAACACGCUGCCAUCAGACAUGGGGAGAAAGUCUGUGGUUUUGAGAAAAAUUAAACAAGAAAUGAAAGAAAUCAUGUCACCAACGCCCGUUGAGUUACACAAGGUAACUUUGUACAAGGAGUCAGACGUAGAGGACUUUGGAUUCAGUGUCUCAGAUGGUUUAUUGGAAAAAGGCGUAUAUGUUAAAAACAUUAGACCAGCUGGACCUGGGGAUCUAGGUGGUUUGAAGCCAUAUGACAGACUUUUACAGGUAAAUCAUGUUCGUACCAGAGAUUUUGACUGCUGUCUAGUUGUGCCUCUCAUAGCAGAAUCUGGCAAUAAACUGGAACUGGUUAUUAGCAGAAACCCACUGGCCUCUCAGAAGGUGACCUCAGAUCAACAAACUUUAGCAGGUGGGGAAUGGAAUGACCAAAAUAAUGCCUUCCUUCAACAAACCGGACAUACUGCUAGUGUGGAGACACGAGAUCCUACAAACACAAUAUAG